UCAAAAAAAUCCAAAAAACUCAAAUGAAAAAUUAAUUUUUAAGUUAAAAUGUACAAAAGACUCUUUUCGACAAGUUCCUUAAAAAAAUCCCUUGCCGCACACGAUUACAAAGGCGUCGUUGGUCUCGAAGUUCAUGCACAACUUGCGAGUAAAUCGAAACUUUUCUCCGCAGCUCCGAACAAAUUCAAUGCGCCCGUCAACAGUUGCGUCGACGACUUUGAUGCCGCAAUUCCGGGAACGUUGCCCGUCCUCAAUCGCUUUUGCGUCGAAGCUGCCGUGAAAAUUGGACUCGUCAUGAAUUGCGUCAUCAACAACAAAUCGACGUUCGAUCGAAAACAUUAUUUUUACGCUGAUUUGCCGGCUGGCUACCAAAUCACGCAGCAACACAAUCCAAUCGCCCGCAAAGGUUACAUUGAAUUUCCGAUGGUGAAUCGAAAGGAAGUCGUCAAAAAACGCGCGGCACUGCAUCAAAUUCAACUCGAACAGGACAGCGGGAAGUCGUUGCAUGACGAUGUCGAGAAUAAAGUUUUGAUUGACUUGAAUCGAGCUGGAGCGCCAUUAGUUGAGUUUGUUUUCUGUCCGGAUUUGGAGAAUGGCGAAGAAGCUGCCGCUUUGGUGAAAGAAUUGAUUCUUUUGUUGACGACAAUCAAAGUUUGUUCGUGCAAAAUGGAGGAGGGCGCUUUGAGAGUCGAUGCCAAUGUCUCGGUUCAUCGCAAAGGCGAACCUUUGGGAACGCGUUCGGAAGUCAAAAACAUCGGAUCCAUCUCGGGCAUCCAUCAUGCGGUGAAUUACGAGAUAAAACGUCAAAUUGAGGUCCUAAAAAGCGGCGGAAAAGUCAUUAACGAGACACGAACAUGGGACGCCGUCAAAAAUCGCACGAUCCCGAUGCGAGACAAAGAAGUCGUUCUCGACUAUCGUUUCAUGCCUGAACCAAAUUUGCUUCCAGUUCAUCUCACAACCGAAGAAAAAGACGAAAAAGAUGUCGUUUCCAUUGCAAAAGUCGCCAAAACCAUCCCUGAAUUGCCCAGUCAAGCCCGAGAACGUCUCGUCACGGAACAUAAAUUACCUCCUCUCACCGCUUUACAACUCGUGGAUGAUCCAAGCUCCUUAUCCGCUUUCGAAUCAAUUCUCCGUGAAAAUCCCCGAAGAAAUGCUCUUUUAGUCUCAAAUGUUCUCGCAAAUACCGUUCGAACAAUUUGCAACCUGAAAAAGUGCGAAAUGGAAGAUUUGAAUUUAACAAGUUCGCAAAUUGGGCAAGUCGUCGAUUUGUUAGAACAAAAUGUUAUUAAUCAAAAUUUCACGCAAAAAGUGCUGGAAGCCUUAGAUGAGGCUGGAGAAAUGGAAACAGCGGAGAAUGUUGUCGAUAAAAAUGAUUGGAAGCAAAUUUUGGAUGAAAAAGUCAUUGAAAAAGUUUGUCGUGAAGUAGUUGAAAAAAAUCCGAAACUCGUGAAAGAUUACAAAAAAGGGAAGGAAAAGAUGUUUUAUGGGUUAGUUGGAAUAGUUGCGAAAGAAAUGAACGGAAGACUUAAUAUGGCAAAAGCUACGGAUAUUUUGAAAUCUUUGUUGAAAAAAGAUUGAAAUUUUUUAAUUAUAAAAAAAAUUAAA